AUGCUUCUCUUUAAAGUAACCCUUCUAUUUUCCCUCUUCGCCUUGGCCCCAGCAGCACCUACCUUCAAUGAUCCCGGGUACAAUUGUCGACCUGGGCAAAGCUGCUGGCCAUCUUGGCAGCAAUGGCAACAAUUGAACCAUACACUCGAUGGCCAUUUGUACCAAACAAUUCCAAUGGGUGCACCUUGCUAUCCGAAUUCACCAGACUACGACCCAACAGCUUGUGCAAGUGUGGAAAGCAACUACACUGAUGGAAUCUCUCGAGGAGCCUAUUAUGGACAGACGUAUUGGCCAAAUUGGGAAGCUUGCGGGUCAUCCGGCUGUUCCCUAUUGACAUCCGAUCCAGCAGAUACGCUGUAUCCCACAUGCUCUCUCGGACGACUUGCAACAUACUACGUUGAUGUCCGAAAUGCAUCGCAUAUUUCAACAGCUCUGAAAUUUGCACAGUCGCACAAUAUUCGUGUCAGUGUCAAGAACACAGGCCAUGACUUCUUUGGGCGCUCAUCAGUUCCCAACUCCCUAGCCAUUUGGACACACAAUUUGAAGAAUUUGGACUUCUAUCAGAACUUCACUGCAUCAAAUUGCCCUUCAGCAAAUGGACAAAAUGUUGGCGAGAUGGGAGCUGGAGUCAUCGCUGGUGAUGCAUAUCGUUUCUUCGGUUCGCAUGGGAUGGACGUCACUGGUGGAUAUGAAGAAUCCGUCGGUAUCGCGGGCGGGUUCGGUCAGGGAGGUGGAGUUGGCGAUUUUACCACCACGUACGGCUUGAUGGUGGACAAUGCAGUCGAAUUCGAGGUCGUUACUGCGGAUGGCCAGGUGCGCAUUAUCAACGAAUGCAAUGAUCCAGACCUUUUUUGGGCAAUGCGAGGUGGAGGUGGAGGCACCUUUGCCGUUCUCACCAAGUUCCGAGUUCAGGUCUAUCCAUCGGUGCCCAUUCACACUUACAACUUUGUGGCAUCCUUCACCGGUACCAACGUUUCCCAACAAGAAGCUCUUCGCACAGUCCUAACGGCCCAUGCCAAUCACCAGAUCGAGUGGUCUGCCGAGCUUAUAACAGGACAAGGCGAUUACUUCCCCAACGGAGUAUCAAUGGAUAUCGUCUUACCCUACAACGACGACGGCUCCAAACUGAAGAACGCAACUGCAGCCUUCGCUCAGUUCGUCAGCGACCUACCGAACGUCAAUAUCGCGCAAAACAACUACACCACCUACGCAACCUACGUCGACUACCUGUCAUAUAGCAUCGCGGACGCCAAGGCCACCGAACCGGCAGGUAUUUUCUCCCUCCUCGCAUCCCGCCUCAUGCCUCGACAGCUCUUUACUGCGCCCGAGAGCGUAGAUUCCCUCGUCGACGGCGUGAUCACUGGUAUCGAAACAGCUCGUACAUACCUGAACCGUACCGCUGCACAAAUCGUUUUCGAAACACCCAUCAGUACACCAGACCUUGACCACAAAACAUCUGCACUCCCCGCCUGGCGAGAGGCUUUAUGGCACGUCAUCCACGUCGGAGAAUGGGAGGAGCCGCUCUCACCAACGGAUCUCGAGGCUACGACAGAGGGAUUCUUGGAGAUGCUGGAGCCGUUGAAGGAGUUGACGCCGAGUGGAGGUGCGUAUUUUAAUGAGGCGCAUUAUGGGGAGCCGGAGUGGGAGGAAACUUUCUUUGGGAGCAAUUAUGAGAGGUUGGUGGAGGUUAAGGGGAGGUAUGAUCCGACGCAUUUGUUUGAUUGUUGGAAGUGUGUUGGGUGGAGAGGGGAGAAUGAUCCAUUUUAUUCUUGCUAUCAGAAAUGGUAGUAGCUGCGUUCCAACCCUUUUAAUGUUGGAAAUAGACUUGGAGCUAGGAUGCUAGAUUCUUUAUUUUAGAGAACGUGAGGCUACAGCGAAGAGACACGAAGCGGUUUAUAGAU